UAAAAAGCUGGCCUCCGGACUUGGCCGAGUCGGACACUCGACAAUUUUUUAUAACAUCCCAAUCCAACCCGACCUGCACAAUUCGUGCGAGGGUCACUCGAAGUGCGUACUGGACGUCGGACAAAUCGUUUUAUAACAUCAGCCCCAGUCUGGGUCCACUCUCAAGGUUUCUUUUCUCAGAUGAAGACCAUAAAAGACAUGUGGAGCAAAGUUUUGUUCAUAAUUUUCACGUUUAAAGCGGUUUGUGCCCACAAAUUGUAUAGCAAAAACUUUUUUUCCAAUGAAGAAUGGCCAAGGCUCCUCUACAAAGAGAUUCAAUUUCCCGUCUUGUCCAGAAUGGAAUGCUUGGGACUUUGUCGAGCAGAAUCAAAUCUGUGUUCCGGAAUCAUUUGGCAAGGUUCCGAUUGCUUCUUGGGGGAUCCGACGUCUCAAUUUUCUGUGAUUUCCGUACCUCAAGCAAGUGAUCAAAACAUGUUUAUCGACCAAGGUAAAUUUCGAGUUUUGCUUAACUUGAUCAAAUCUGACCCAAACUUUUUCCUUUCAAAAGGGAUCAUUUCAUCUUUUUUGAGCUCAUAUAUGCAUUUGGUGGAUUCGAUCGUGAACCAUUGGAACGCAAGAAUUUACUCAACUCUUCCCAAAGGAUCCAUUUUCAAGUGUGCUCUUCAAUGUAAAUCCGACUUAAAUUGUCGACUAUUCACUUUCGAUGGUGAUAUUUGCCAUUUGGGCAACGGAACAACUUACAACAACACACUCUUGCCGAUUUCAAAUCCGCCUGAAGGAGUGUAUGUGGACCCAGGGUUCAUCAAUGGGAAUAGUUCUUUUCAAUUAUUGAACGAGGGUAAUCCCUCUUGGACGAAUCAUGUUUACUACUCAAAAGCUUGCAAUCUUAUGGAACGAUGUGAGCUUUGGUGCUCUUUGGAAAGCUCACCCUGCCAAUUUUUGGUUUAUACGGGUUUGUGGUGCUAUUUGGGAACAACCAAUGUUCAAAAUGCUCCUGUCAAUCAUACGCAUGAGAUUGCAGCGCCUGAUAUUUGGAUUAAUAAAAAGGGAAUCGAGAGCACUCUGUAUGGAAAUGUAUUUGAAGAGAACAUCACCAGCAUAAAAUAUGCUCCAUUUCUGUUCAAAACUAGAGAUGCUGAAGAUUUCCAGCAAAGCUGUGAAUUUUACUGUGCCUUUCAAUCAAAUCCAGACUGUCACUUCUUCAUUUUGAGCGAUGAGAUUUGCUAUUUGGGUAACCUGAAUGAAAUAUUACCAAGUGUUUCAAGCUCUACAAACAUGGAGGUGGUUCAGAUGUUCCGGAACACCUUGAACACAUCCUUGGGGGAAUUCAUCACGAUUCAAUUACCUCACCAUAUAUGGAGAGUUCGAAUGCACACGCAGUUCCAAAUCGAUUCCAAUGUUGGAGCUUGUGCUAUUCGAUGUGUUUUGAUGGAACUUUCUAAAGAGUGCACCCUCUUUGUUUACGAUGGAACCACGUGCUAUUUAGGGUCCAAGAAUUAUCUUGAGAAUGUUGACACAGUUCAUGACAUUAGCGAUGUUCAAGUACACGAAUCGGUGCUCCCAUUCAUGCGAACCCUUUUCAAACCGAGAACAACAACAGAUUGGUCCUCUCAAAUGUACAAUAAGGUCUCAUUGAUCAAUGCAAGUCCUAGGGAUGAAGACGAAUGUCUCUUGAGGUGCUUUUUUGACGACGGACCAUGUUACUCAUUUGUGAUCCAAGGUAGCGAGUGCUUUUUGGGAGACCCUUUCGUGAACUCUAGUUUAUUCAUUGAAACUGGGACCCACGUUCUAAUGGAGAGGAACCCAAAACUUCAUAUUAUUCAUGGAGGACGAGUCAACGGCAGUGACGAUAAAUCAGCUGCCAUUUUCGAAGGUUUUUUUGGAUUUUGCGGCCAAAGCUUACCCGAUCUACCCGUUCCAUUGAGUUCCAUGGGCUAUGCAUAUGGAGAAAAUGCUAUAUUUGUGUGUGGAGGAAUUUCUAACGGGAUAGGUGCUCAAGAUAAAUGUUAUCGUUUGGAUUUCAAAGUGUUUCCAAGAACAUGGGCUCCACUGCCUUCUUUGAUGAACACGCAAGUGAUGUUCCCCAUGAUUUACCAUGAGGGCAUAUUGUAUGCUAUGGGUGGACUAAUCGAUGGAUCAACAGUUGUUCCAAAUAUGCGGUAUUUGAACUUGGAAUCAUCGCUUUCGUGGGUCAAUGGGGCGGCUAAUUCCGGAUUUUUUGGCCAUUGCGGACUUCUAUACCAGAAUCAAAUUUAUACAUUUGGCGGCUCUAGCACCUUGGAGCCAUACUCCAGAAGUGUUGAAAUAUAUGAUAUAUUAAGUGAUAAUUGGCUGAACAGCGGGUUCCUUUUGCCUCAAGGUUUACGACACAUGGCCUGCAGUCUUGUUUUGGGACAAAGAGACACGCUCCCAGAUCUUUUCCUUUUAGCAGGUGGAGAAACUGCUCUGGGUGAAUAUUCGAUGAAAGCUUACUCGAUCGAUCCAUCCGUAAGUGGAAUCGUCACCGAGAUGGUUGAUUUGCCGAUGGGGGUUUCGCAAUUUGGAUCUCAGAACAGCUUCGCGGUCUUUCACGAAACUAGCGUUUUCCUCGUGGUUGGUUUCGGAAAUGAGAGCCAUUCCACCAAAAGUAUUUUCGGUUGGAACCGCUGGAGUACCAAAUUUUCGCCCUUGUUUGAUCAAGCGUUGGCCCGGGAACAACCCGGCAAUACGAUGAUCCCACUUUGCAAUUUUCCGGCCUGCAGUCAGCAACAUAGAAGGUGGAAGUACGUAAUCAAUCACGUGAAACCUUUCAGGUAUCCCAUAGAUGGGUGGAAUUUAAAUGUCUUACAAACGGGCCAUCCAGGACACAGCCAAUUUGACGUGAUAAAUAAUUAUACUUUUGAUGGGCAAUAUCACUUCCGCUUAGUCUAUCCAGAGCUUGGAACUUACAAUGAGUGGUAUCAGACAAGCAACCCUCUCAAUGGGUCCCACACGUCUACCACUGGUUUUAUUGGUGUGGCCCUGGGCAUGCCUGUUGGUUUCAAUGGUUUGGUGUACAACAACGUGGACGCUUUGGUGAUGGGCGACUCGAAUAUCACUCAUCCUAAUUGGUUUUCUGUGGGCCGUAUUAAAAACGACUCGCCCUCUGGAGAGUUUCCUGGUCCUCAAAAUACACUUGUUUCAUCGGUUCAGCUCUUCAUUCGAGACGAUUGCGCAACAUCGACCUAAUGAUCCCUUAUUAGGCCACGAAUCCUGUCAUGUAUUUUUUUAAUUUCUUAAUGGUGGCAUUAGAGCCGUAUUUGUUUGAUGA